AUGAUUGAUAUGGUAUCUCGUCGUCUGAUUCUUAGUAUUCUGAAAGCAGCAGUGCAAAUGCCAUCCGUUGCACACGACUUGUUCUAUAGGAUGAAUCUGCAUACUUGGAUAGCUUCUAUCAUCAAAAAUCGUGACCUAAGUGUGUGGGAGCAGUGCUACUUGGGACAGAUCUAUUCGAUUCUUAUCGAAAAUGAACGAAAGAAUUGUCGAAAUGGCAAAGGAGCUGCUACAAGAAAUUCAUAUUUAGUUGCACUAGCAAGUGUUCGGAUAACUGCUCGCGUGGUGCUAUAUGUCAUGGAAAAUAUGGUUGACAAAGCUAUAGCAGCAGAGAACGUGGAAUCGAUAAAAAAUACCAUGGAGAAGAAAUGGCGACAGAAACGAAAGAAACGAGAAUCUCAGUGA